GUUUUAGGACGGUGCAAGCGAAUCACACACGUGGGGGGACUCGGGGCCCAGGGCCCUGCGGUGUGCAGGCAACGGGAAUGUCCCCGAGGGAACCCUGCUUCCACUUAGCGAUUUUUAAAAAAGGACUUAGUCAUUCUCACCGCUUGCCCACCCUCACUGUCCCAAACGCCCCUGUUUUUCGACGCUUUCUCCGGAGUCUCGUUCCUUAUUAACAAGCACCCUAUGCUCUAGGGACAGACUGGAAAGGCUCGGAGGAAGGCGACCCGCGCUCUCUGCUCUGGGCUCCCACUACUUGCUAUCAGGCAGCACCGCGGACACAUCUGCUCCACGGUGAUUGGCCAGCGGCGGGGUCCUCGCGGUCGUCCAAUAUGGCGGCGCCCAGUGGCGGUGUGAACUGUGAAGAGUUCGCCGAGUUCCAGGAAUUACUCAAGGUGAUGAGGACAAUUGAUGACAGAAUAGUACAUGAAUUAAACACUACGGUGCCAACAGCUUCCUUUGCAGGGAAGAUUGAUGCCAGCCAAACCUGUAAACAGCUUUAUGAGUCUUUGACGGCAGCUCAUGUCAGUAGGGACAAAGUUAUAAAGAACUGUAUAGCCCAAACCUCAGAAGUAGUAAAAAGUCUCCGAGAAGAAAGAGAGAAGAACCUGGAUGACUUAACGUUAUUAAAGCAGCUUAGAAAAGAACAGACAAAGUUGAAAUGGAUGCAGUCAGAACUAAAUGUUGAAGAAGUGGUAAAUGACAGGAGCUGGAAGGUGUUUAAUGAACGCUGCCGAAUUCACUUCAAGCCUCCAAAGAAUGAGUAGAGAGAGGUUUUUAAAAAAAGACCUGGUCAUCUCAUCAACUACACAUGACAGACGUCAUCAGGGCGGGCUCCCGGGGAUGGUCUCCGAGCCAGCAGGCCAAUUCUCAUAAUUAUAAUAAUCAAUUACUAUUUUAUACUGAUUGUGUACAAAUGUUUUGUAACUAUUAAAAUAAUUUUCUGACUCUGUGUACAUACUUAUUUGGUGGCUUUGCGAGUUGAGACAGUAAGUUCUCCAUGUCAUUUUGUCUGCUUGAGUUUUACAAAUUUAUUGGUAUGGAUAUGAACCUUUUUGGUCAUAGAUAGAGUUUCUUUUUUAUUUGUCGUUGUGGGUUUAUUUUAAAGGGGCAGAAUCAGGCUGGAGAGGUGGUCAGUGGUUAAGAGCACUGGCUGCUCUUUCAGAGGACAGUUUCCAUUCAGCACCCUCAAGGUAUCAGAACUCUCUAUAACAGUCCCAGGGGAGCUGAUGCCCUCUUCUGGCCUUUGUCGGCACCAGUCACACGUGAUGUAGACAUACAUGUAGGCAAAAUACCCAUGCUUACAAAAAAGUAAAUAGAAUGACAGAAUCAGGCUGGAUCCUAUACAAACAAACUCUCUGAUUUU